AUGUCAGCGCUAUUCAGUCUCCAGGGAUUACUCACCGUCAUACUGCUCUUCAUCUGCACCUGCACGUACAUUAAAAUGAAAUUUCCUACACUCUUUGACCGAGGGCAGCUGCCAGGAAAGCACGAGGGUCUUGGUGGGCUUUGCUGGAAGGCUUCGCGCAUUGGAGAGCGGAAGAGUCAGUACGUCGCCGGUGCUCUUGUUCUCAUGGCUAUCCACACGCUCUUCUUUUCAUAG